AUGGUGCCCGCCCCUCGCCCCUCACCCUCGACACCGCCUCGAACCCCGCCAUCUCCCUCGAACCCGCCCAGCCCAGUCACGCCAGCCGACGUCCCGCUCCUCCGCCUCAGCGGCAGCCCCGCACCAGCCGCCGCCAUGUCGCGUUCGACCGCCGACAGCCCGACCACCUCGGGACUCGCCCCGAGCGGGUUCGCGACCCGCCAGCGCACCGGCAGCAACCCGAUGAGCCACCUGCGCGGUCCACGCUCGGCCACGUCGACCGCGACCACCAGGCGCACCUACGCUCCGAGCAGCGUCGGCACGGCCCGCACGGGUGCGACCGGCACCACCGACGACGCCGCGAGCGAGGCCGACGGCUUGCUCGGCGGCGGCGCCGGCAGCGGCUCGCGUCGAGGAGGUGGACGAGCAGGAGCCGGGUCUCGGGUUCCCGGUCUCGGCGGGCGCGGCGAGAGCGACGGCGAGUUUGACGAGGGCUGGACGACCGGGCUCGACGCAGAGGAGGAGGAGAUCGGCCUGCUCCACGACGGCAUCAAGGACACGCCGAGAGCCGGGCACGACCCGACGGCGGCCAAGAAGAAGCGCAAGCGCUUCUCGCUCGAGCGCCUCUUCUCGCUCUCGACGCCGCCCUCGACUCGGCCCCGCACGAUCCCGCUCAACGAGCCCGCACAAAAGCGCAAGAAGUCGCCCUUCCCGCCCAACAUUGUCAAAAACCAGAAGUACAACGUGGCGACCUUUCUCCCGCUCGUCCUGUACGAGCAGUUCAAGUUCUUCUACAACCUGUACUUCCUCCUCGUCGCCCUGUCGCAAUUCGUCCCUGCGCUCCGCAUCGGCUUCCUCGCGACCUACAUCGUCCCGCUCGCGUUUGUCCUCCUCGUCACGAUCGGCAAGGAGGCGUUCGACGACUACACGCGGUACCUGCGCGACCGCUCGGCCAACUCGGCCCUGUACAGCCGCCUCGUCGACUCGUCGUCGAGCUCGACCCCGCACUCGCACCACGCCUCGUCGUCGUCGACCUCGUCGGCCCCGCUCAAGCCGACGCCGUCGUCCAACCUGCGCGUCGGUGACCUCGUCCACCUCGAGAAGAACGACCGCGUCCCGGCCGACAUGGUGCUCCUGCGCACCAGCGACCCGAGCGGGACCUGUUUCGUGCGCACCGACCAGCUCGACGGCGAGACCGACUGGAAGCUGCGCGUCGCUGUCGAGCGCACGCAGCGCCUCGCCGGCGACGCCGAGCUCCUCGAGUGCGUCGGCGAGGUGUACGCCGACGCGCCGACGAAGGACAUCCACACAUUCGUCGGCACGCUCACGCUGCGGUCGACGCCGCCGCCUCGCGCACCACCGGCGCACGACGGCGAGGGCGAGGGCGCAGGCGGCCCCUCGCUCGAGCGAGGUGCGCCGCACGACGACGACGCCGCCGACGACGGCGACCUCGUCGCGAGCCACCCGGUCGAGCCGCUCACGGCCGAGCACAUGCUGUGGGCCAACACGGUCCUCGCCGCCGGUGCCGCCGUCGGCAUGGUCGUCUACACGGGCCGCGAGACGCGCGCCGUCAUGAACACGAGCCAGCCCGGGACCAAGGUCGGGCUCCUCGACCACGAGAUCAACCGGCUCGCCAAGAUCCUGUGCGCCGUCACGUUUGCCCUGAGUGUCAUCCUCGUCGCGCUCAACGGGUUCCGAGGGCACUGGUGGGUCUACGUGUUCCGGUUUUUGAUCCUGUUCUCGAGCAUCAUCCCCAUCUCGCUCCGCGUCAACCUCGACAUGGGCAAGACGGUCUACGCGCACCAGAUCAUGCACGACCCCGAGAUCCCCGACACGAUCGUGCGCACGUCGACGCUGCCCGAGGAGCUCGGCCGCAUUGAGUACCUCCUAAGCGACAAGACGGGCACCUUGACCCAGAACGAGAUGGAGCUCAAGAAGCUGCACCUCGGCACCAUGUCGUUCGGCGUCGACUCGAUGGACGAGGUGGCGCACCAGCUCGCGACGGCACUCGGCGAGGACAAGCCUAUCUCGACAUCGACCUUGACGACCGGCGUCGCGCUCGCGGCGACUCGAGGGAGGAGGGACAUGAGCUCGAGGGUCAAGGACGUCGUCCUCGCGCUCGGCCUGUGCCACAACGUCACGCCCGUCGUCGACGACGCCGACGGCUCGAUCACGUACCAGGCGUCAUCGCCCGACGAGGUCGCCAUCGUGCGCUUCACCGAGUCGGUCGGGCUCACGCUGUCGGCUCGCGACCGCACGUCCAUGUCGCUGCGCUCGUCGGCCGGCCAGACCCUGUCGUUCGACGUCCUCGAGGUGUUCCCGUUCACGUCCGAGUCCAAGCGGAUGGGCAUCAUCGUGCGCGACCGCCACUCGGGCGAGAUCACGUUCUACCAGAAGGGCGCCGACGUCGUCAUGGCGCGCAUCGUCGCGUACAACGACUGGCUCGAGGAGGAGUGCGGCAAUAUGGCGCGCGAGGGCCUGCGCACGCUCGUCAUGGCGCGCAAGCGCCUGUCGGACGAGACGUACCGCGCGUUCGACGGCGCGUACCGCGACGCGCGCGUCUCGCUCGGCGACCGCACGGCGGCGAGCGCGCGCGUCGUCGCCGAGUACCUCGAGCGCGACCUCGAGCUGCUCGGCGUCACGGGCGUCGAGGACAAGCUCCAGGAGGACGUCAAGAUGACGAUCGAGCUCUUGCGCAACGCCGGCAUCAAGAUCUGGAUGCUCACCGGCGACAAGAUCGAGACGGCGACCUGCAUCGCCAUCUCGACCAAGCUCGUCUCGCGAGGCCAGUACAUCCACCAGAUCGCCAAGCUCAAGUCGCCGGCGCAAGCACGAGACGAGCUCGAGUUCCUCCAGACCAAGCUCGACUGCUGCCUCGUCAUCGACGGCGAGUCGCUCCAGCUCUGCAUCGAGCACUUCCGCCAGGACUUUAUCGAGCUGUCGACCCAGCUGUCGGCCGUCGUCGCGUGCCGGUGCUCGCCGACGCAAAAGGCCGACGUCGCCCGCUUGAUCCGCGAGCACACCAAGAAGCGGGUGUGCUGCAUCGGCGACGGCGGCAACGACGUGUCGAUGAUCCAGGCGGCCGACGUCGGCGUCGGCAUCGUCGGCAAAGAAGGUCGUCAGGCGUCGCUCGCGGCCGACUUUUCCGUCAACCAGUUCAGCUACCUCACCAAGCUCCUCGUGUGGCACGGGCGCAACUCGUACAAGCGCAGCGCCAAGCUCGCCCAGUUCGUCAUCCACCGCGGCUUGAUCAUCUCGGUCAUCCAGGCCGUCUUCUCGGCCGUGUUCUACUUCUCGCCCAUCGCCAUCUAUCAAGGGUGGCUCAUGGUCGGCUACGCGACGGCCUACACGAUGCUGCCCGUCUUCUCGCUCGUGCUCGACCGCGACGUCAACGAGGACGUGGCGCUCCUGUACCCAGAGCUGUACAAGGAGCUCACCAAGGGCCGCAGCCUGUCGUACAAGACGUUCUUCACGUGGCUCAUGAUCUCGCUGUACCAGGGCGGCGCCAUCAUGCUCGCGUCGCUCAUCCUGUUCGAGUCCGAGUUCCUCAACAUUGUCUCGAUCUCGUUCUCGGCCCUCGUCCUCAACGAGCUCGUCAUGGUCGCCGUCGAGAUCACGACGUGGCACACGCUCAUGGUCGUCAGCGAGGUCGUCACGCUCGCCCUCUACGUCGUCUCGAUCCUGUUCCUCCCAGAGUACUUUGACCUCUCGUUCGUGCUCACGACCGGGUUCGUGUGGCGCGUCGCCCUCAUCGUCGCCAUCUCGGCCGCGCCGCUCGGGGUCCUCAAGUACCUCAAGGCCAAGUUUGCCCCGACUCAGUACGCCAAGCUGCGCGACUUUUAGACAGUCUCUCCCUCUCUCUCUCU